UGCUCUUCACUUCUCUCUCUAAAAAGCAAUGAAAUUUUUGUAGUGAGAAAGAGUUUCAAUCUUGAUAGAUCGAAACCGACAUUCAAUCUUCAUUUUCCGAUCAACCCAUUUUCAUUUACUCGGAAAACAAUCAAAAAGUUAAGAUUUUUAAUGAUAAAUCUGUCAGCUUUUGAAAUUAUCCCCAUGUGGAACUCACUGAAACGACACAGUUUCAAAAACCCCAGCUUUUCUUUUGAGGGUUUUUGAGCUGAUUUGAAGUUUGUGGAUAAGCAAAAUGAGGGUUUUAGGGGUUUUUGUGAGGUGGGUUUGGGGGGUUUGAGUGAGUGCUAGGAGGUUUGGAAGUUCAAAAUUUGAGUGAGUUUGAGGGUGAAAAGUUGAGAUCUGUGUUAAUGGAUGUGGUUUGCUAGAAGUGGAUGAUGUACAUGAUUGUUGAUGUUUAGGGGUUUUGGGCUUCAUAUGUGGUGGAAAUGAGGGUUUUAGUGGAUUCUGUUGGUUGUUUUUGAUGAUGUUGCUGUUUAAUUGGGAGAAUUUGAGGAUUUGGGUGAUGUCAUCAGCUGAUUUUGUUUGGUAGUUGCGUACAAUUAGAGGAUUUGGUUGAGCCCUCUAGCUUGUGAAAUUGGCAAGAUUUGAGAGAUUUUGUGAUCAAAAGAGCUAAGAUCUCUUCAAAAUUUCGGUUGAAUCAACGGUGUUGAAGCAAUGUCGGGUGCUCCUAGAGUAAGAUCAAUGAAUGUGGCUGACUCGGAGACCAGGCCGGUCUUAGGACCUGCCGGGAACAAAACAGGCUCACUGAGUGCACGGAAACCUGCUUCGAAGCCAUUGAGAAAGGUUGAGAAGUCACUCAUAGAGGUUAAUACAGCAGAGGAGAAGAAAACUGCUGUUCCGCCAUCUAAGGCUACUACUACGUUGUCACCUAAAUCACAUUCCUCUAGUGUUCCAUCAGUGCUUCGCCGACAUGAACAGUUAUUACAGUCUAAUCUAUCUCUCAAUGCUUCAUGCUCGUCUGAUGCCUCUACAGAUUCAUUUCAUAGUCGAGCAUCUACUGGGAGGUUGACACGGUCAUAUAGUGUGGGGAGUAGGAGGAAGCCGUUUGCUUCAAAGCCGAGGAGUGUUGUUUCUGAUGGAGGGUUGGAUUCUCCACCAUCUGAUGGUUCACAGACCAAGAAAAGGUGUGCUUGGGUGACACCGAAUACUGAUCCCUGUUAUGCUGCCUUCCAUGAUGAAGAAUGGGGAGUUCCAGUACAUGAUGACAAGAAAUUGUUUGAGCUUCUUGUACUUUCAGGUGCUUUGUCUGAACUCACAUGGCCUGCUAUCCUUAGCAAGAGGCACAUUUUUAGGGAAGUUUUUGCGGACUUUGACCCCAUUGCGGUCUCAAAAUUGAACGAGAAAAAGACAAUAGCAGCAGGAAGCACUGCAAGCUCUCUGCUAUCUGAACUUAAGCUGCGUGCUAUUUUUGAAAAUGCUCGACAAAUAUCCAAGGUCAUAGAUGAGUUUGGAUCAUUUGACAAUUAUAUUUGGAGCUUUGUGAACCACAAGCCUAUAAUGAGCAAGUUUCGGUACCCUCGACAAGUCCCCGUGAAAUCCCCGAAAGCUGAUGUGAUAAGCAAAGAUCUUGUGAGACGAGGAUUCCGAAGUGUGGGGCCCACUGUCAUCUACUCGUUCAUGCAGGUGACGGGGAUAACCAACGAUCAUCUCACUGGUUGCUUCAGGUUCCAGGAGUGUAUAGCUGCUGUUGCGGAAGCGAAGGAAAAAAACGGUGUCCCUGAUAAGGACGAGGACAAGAAAACAGACGGUGCCAUUGAAUCAGAACUAUCUAUCGACGCAUUAAGUCUCUCCUCAGAAUGAUGAACCCAAAACAAAAGAAGUCUUGGUUUGUGGCAACAGAAGGAGCUUCCAGGUCCAGUCAUCACUUUGCCAUGAACUGAUAUUUACAGCUUUUGGGGUAGUAGU